UAUAGUAGGAACCUAACCUACUAAUCACAUCUAACUAAAGACGCUAGAAAACUACCAGGAAUCUGUGCAUAUAUACAUGCAUGAGAGGAUAAGAUACAUGUUGAGUGGAGUUACCAUGCAAGGAUUUGAAAUAAGAUCUACCAAUUUUUGCACUAGAAGAUGACAGAGUUGUUGAGAUACAGGGAGCUGCAGGGUUGCACAAGGCUGUUGAGCUAAUUGCUUCUUAUCUCAGGCAAUAGGAUGUACCAAUUUUUGGUCGUCCAGAUGACGUCACACUUUGACUACGCUUUCUGCGUUCCUUCGAAACUUCGAAGAAGCAGUCCACUAAAGCGAAGUUUCCCCCGCGCCGCGCCAACCACUAUUAUAAAAAACUAUAUUCCUUUACGGUUCCUUCCACCCUCUAAAGAACUAUAGUAUAUUCUCUCCAUGGUUCCCAUCCGCUUCUAGUCUCGUGCUGUGUCUUGUGUGUGUCAUAUUUCUGGUUUUCUUCGCCGAACUCCGGUUAUUCCUUGAUUCCUUCUUGAAAUCUUGAGUUGAGGUCAGGUCGCUGGGUGUCCAAAUGUCUACCGACCCAAGUGAAUCACCCCAUAACCGAUUGAGCUUUGCUGUCUCAACAAAAUCUUCUUCUCUUUCUUCAGGUGUCGUCACGAGAAUAUAUCGGCUCUUCCCCAUGUUACGCUUGCAGUCUCGGAUCAUCAUUCCUAUUGAAACCACCGACGUUAACAAAACAGCCCUGGCCAAAAUGGUCAAAGAGAGGAACUUGGAACAAUUAAAACAGUAUGGCGGUAUCCAAGGAGUUGCUAAGGUUCUUGACGCCGAUCUUGUUCAAGGAAUCCCGGGUACCCCCGGCGAUGUUGAUAGCCGCCUUAACGUGUUUGGCUCCAACAGGUGCCAACCACCCAAAAAUCAAAAGGGUUUCUUCCAUUUUGUGCGCCAAGCUUUCAAAGGUACCACCAUUCUCGUUCUUCUGAGCUCUGCUAUCCUAUCUCUUUUCUUCGGAAUCAAGACACAUGGGUGGAAAGAGGGGUGGUGCGAUGGUGGGAGCUUACUGUUUGCCGUCUUUCUAGUUGUUGCUGCGUCCUCAGCGAGCAAAUUCAGACUAUCAAGACAUGUUCAGAAGUCAUCGAGCAUCAACAGCAAUAUACAGAUUGAGGUCGUCAGAGGUGGGCAACCUCAAAAUAUCUCCAUUUUCGACAUCGUUGUUGGAGAUAUCAUACGUCUAAACUUUGGAGAUCAAAUCCCUGGUGAUGGUUUGCUCUUGGAUGGCCAGUUAUUACGGGUCGACGAAUGGAGCAUGACUGGGGAAAGCAAGUUUGUGGAUGUCGAUGCCAAUAGCAAYCCAUUCCUCCUGUCAGGUGCUAAGGUAGUGGCCGGCCACGGUAACAUGCUCGUCACCUCCGUUGGCAUCAACACGGAGUGGGGACAGAUGAUGAGCUCUAUCGGCCAUGACCCAGAUCAGCGAACCCCAUUACAAGCUCAGCUCGACGAACUAGCUUCUUUCUUGUGCAAGGUUCUUCUGCUAUUUCCUUUCCUUGCUCUCGUGGGAAUGGGGGUGCAUGACUUCAUCAAGAACCACCAUGAAUUAGACGGAUGCGACACCAAAAUGAACAAUCUAGUGAAUGCCUUGUCAGGUGUGCGGGGGUUUGUGUCUGUAAACGCUGCAGUCGCUAUAGUGGUGGUGGCAAUUCCGGAAGGCUUGCCACUGGUGACCACAAACGCUCUAGCUUGUUCCAUGAAGAAAAUCAUGGCUCUACCAAUAAUGGUUCAGAGACUUUCUGCUACUGAGACCAUGGGUUCAGCCACCAUCUGUGUGCUGACUUUGAACUCAGUGGUCAGUGAGUUUUGGCUCGGGGAAGAACCAAUGAAGGACGAGACCUUAUACAUGAUUGUACAGUGCCUAAAGCGAAAAAACCAAGUCGUGGUGGUCAUUGGGGACGAUAGAAAUGAUAUGCGAGCAAUCAAAGAAGCUGAUAUUGGGAUAUAUAUGAGGACCCAAUACACUCAAAUGGAAAUGGAAACAUCAGACAUCAUCAUUGCAGAAGGUAACUUCGAUUCCKUAAUAACUGUUUUGAAGUGGGGAAGGUGCAUUUACAGCAACAUUCAAAAGUUCAUCCAGUUCCAKCUCACAGUGAAUGUUGCUACCCUAGUGAUCAACUUCAUUGCAGCUGUUUCUUCUAGCAGAGUCCCUUUAACGGCAAUCCAGCUACUGUGGGUGAACCUGAUCAUGGAUGUAUUCGGUGCCUUGGCACUAGCUGCAGAGCAGCCUACCGAGGAGCUCAUGGAAAAGCCUCCAGUAGGUCGAAGCAAGUCUGAUCUUAUCAAUGGCUUCAUGUAUAGGAACCUCAUUGGUCAGGCUCUGUAUCAGGUGGCAGUCUUGAUGGUGCUACAUUUCAGUGGAAGCUCUAUCUUUGAGGUGAGUGAGGAGAUCAACGACACCCUGAUGUUCAAUACUUUUGUCCUCUGCCAAAUCUUUAAUCUUUUCAAUGCAAGGAAGCUAGAGAAGAAGAACGUACUCGGAGGGAUACACGAAGAGAACCAAUUUUUCCUUGGCAUUGUGAUGAUAACUGUUGUUCUUCAAGUGGUGAUGGUGGAGUUCCUGAAUAGCUUCGCCAACACUAAGAGAUUGAAUUUGGAGCAAUGGGUUUUAUGCAUCGGACUUGCAGCUUUGUCCUGGCCGAUUGAUUGGGCCGUCAAAUGCAUCCCAGUUGCUAAACUGUUCUACAAUACCCGAGAUGAUGCUUCUCAUGAAAAGGAAGCCUAAAAGAAAUAUUGGAAUGCACAGCAGGGUAGAAAGGUUUGUAGAUCAGGGUUGCGUUGUUCUUUCAGCCUUCGUUCGUCUUGUUAAAAAAAAUGGUGUAAAUAAUACCCAAAAGGGGGUCGGCAAACGGAUUUGGAUUUUGGUGUUUGGAUUGCAUCCUUCACUGAUCUCAUCCAUAGAAUAUUUGACACCACCUUUUCAUAUAUGGAUGUACUCUCAAAUGUUUGAGAAUCUCAGGCGAUCCUACACAUGAAGUUAUUAGGAAUGGAACUGCAAAUAGAACCAUAUUUAUCUUCAUCCAAGUAAUCAAAAUAAUCCAUUGAUGACUAUAUCAUGGUACAAUCUUAUCUUACUGGAAAGAGAACCGAAAAUAACAUGUUCAAAUACUUAAAACCAUAA